UGCCCUGCACGGCCUUAGCGGGGAGACAGCGCGGCCCCUCCCCUGCCGCAGGGGUGAGGAAGGAAGGAAGGAAGCAAGCGAGAGAGCGAGCGAGCCGCCGCCGCCGCCUGGCUGCGCGCAGGAGGAGACGCCGAACAGGUGGCCAGAGACAGCGGCGGGCGCGCCGGGCAGGCAGCGGACGAGCAGCCAGCGAGGAGGCAGGCGCGCGUUGCGCUGGCGGCGCCUCUCUCCCCCCGGCAUGUGAGCGGACGCCCGAGCCGCCCCCUGGCCCAGCAGCGGCGGGACUCCGCCGACUUGGUCGCUGCAGGCUCAGCCGCCCGCCCGCUCGCCCUGGGGCCGGGCUCCCGCUUGGCGUCGGUGGCCGGCGGGGAGCGCGAAGGGCAAGGCGAGCGCGCCGCUCUCCCACCAAGCUGCCCCUCGCAGCUGGCUCGCUAGCGGAGGAUCGGGGCCGGGAGGAUGAAAGUCACGGUCUGCUUCGGCAGGACCCGGGUGGUCGUGCCCUGCGGGGACGGCAACAUGAAAGUUUUAAGCCUGAUCGAACAAGCGGUCACCAGGUACAGGAAGGCGAUUGCCAAGGAUCCAAACUACUGGAUACAGGUGCACCGUCUGGAACAUGGUGACGGAGGAAUCCUUGACUGUGAUGAUAUUCUCUGUGAUGUAGCCGAUGAUAAAGACAGGCUUGUGGCUGUAUUUGACGAGCAAGACCCGCACCAUGGAGGAGAUGGCACCAGUGCCAGCUCCACUGGCACCCAAAGUCCAGAGAUCUUCGGCAGCGAGCUGGGCACCAAUGCUGUGUCAGCCUUCCAGCCUUACCAAGCAACAAGUGAAAUUGAGGUCACGCCUUCAGUUCUUCGCACAAAUAUGCCUCUUCAUGUACGGCGCAGCAGUGACCCUGCGUUAGUUGGUCUCUCAACAUCAGUAAGUGAUAACAAUUUUACUUCGGAAGAGCCGUCACGGAAAAACCCCACAAGAUGGUCUACAACUGCAGGCUUUCUUAAGCAGAAUCCUUCUGGGGGAGCCAGGAGUCAUGAAAGAAAGAAAGAUGAAAACUACCGAAGCCUCCCGCGGGACACCAGUAGCUGGUCAUCUAACCAGUUUCAGAGGGACAAUGCUCGCUCUUCACUAAGUGCCACCCAUCCCAUGGUAGAUAAAUGGCUGGAGAGGCAAGAAGAGGAUGAAGACGGGACUGAAGAAGAAAACAGCAGAGUUGAACCAGUGGGGCAUGCAGAUACUGGCUUGGAAAACAUCACUAACUAUUCUUUAGAUGAUAUGGUAAAGCUCGUUGAAGUCUCCAAUGACGGUGGGCCUUUGGGGAUCCAUGUAGUGCCUUUCAGUGCCCGAGGCGGAAGAACCUUGGGGUUGUUAGUAAAGCGUUUGGAGAAAGGUGGGAAAGCAGAGCAAGAAAACCUUUUUCAUGAAAACGACUGUAUAGUCAGAAUUAAUGAUGGGGACCUCCGCAAUAGAAGAUUUGAGCAAGCACAGCAUAUGUUCCGUCAAGCCAUGCGUACACCCAUUAUUUGGUUCCAUGUGGUUCCGGGAGCAAAGAAAGAACAGUACGAACAGUUAUCACAAAGUGAAAAGAAUGUUUACUACUCCAGUCGGUUUAGCUCUGAUUCCCAGUAUAUCGAUCAUAAGAGUGUUAACCACACUGGACUUCACACGUUGCAAAGAAUACCCCGAGUUAGCAACCAAGCAGAUCAGAUGGACUCUUACUCACAACUACCUCAUAGUGUGAAUUCAUCAGGAAAGCCUCCUCUGGGCCUGGCACCAUCACCGCAAAAAGUGUUCACUUCCACGUCAAACAGUGGUUAUAACACCAAAAGGAUAGGGAAGAGGCUUAAUAUACAGCUGAGGAAAGGUACUGAAGGCCUUGGAUUUAGCAUCACUUCAAGAGAUGUUCCCAUUGGCGGCUCUGCUCCAAUUUACGUGAAAAACAUCCUUCCAAGAGGUGCAGCUAUUCAAGAUGGAAGAUUAAAGGCUGGGGACCGGCUCAUUGAGGUAAAUGGAGUGGACCUAACAGGAAAAACCCAAGAAGAAGUUGUCUCCCUGCUGAGAAGUACUAAAAUGGGAGGGACAGUAAGUCUACUCAUUUUCCGCCAAGAAGAAGCCUUUCAUCCAAGGGAAAUGAAUACUGAACAAAGCCAGUCACAAAUUCCAAAGGAAACGAAAACAGAAGAAGAAGAUCUUGUCCUUACCCCCGAUGGCACCAGGGAAUUCCUCACUUUUGAAGUUCCCCUAAAUGAUUCUGGGUCAGCUGGGCUUGGUGUGAGUGUCAAAGGUAACCGGUCAAAAGAGAACCACGCAGACCUAGGCAUCUUUGUCAAGUCCAUUAUUAAUGGAGGUGCAGCUUCCAAGGAUGGAAGACUACGAGUGAAUGAUCAACUCAUCGCAGUCAAUGGGGAAUCGUUAUUGGGCAAGACGAACCAGGAUGCCAUGGAAACCCUGCGCAGGUCCAUGUCCACAGAAGGAAACAAACGUGGAAUGAUUCAGCUCAUUGUGGCAAGGCGAAUAAGCAAAUGCAAUGAGCUGGAGUCACCUGGGAGUCCCCCAGGGCCAGAGUUGCCUAUUGAGACAAUACUGGAUGACCGGGAGCGUCGGAUUUCCCAUUCAUUGUGCACCGGAAUUGAAGGGCUCAGCGAAUCGCCCACCAGGAAUUCUGCCCUGAAUAGGAUAAUGGGUAAAUACCAGCUUUCUCCAACAGUCAACAUGCCCCAAGAUGACAUGGUCAUUAUUGAGGACGACCGACUACCAGUACUACCUCCCCACCUUUCAGACCAAUCAUCUUCCAGCUCCCAUGAUGAUGUGGGUUUCGGAACAGUGGAUGUUGCUGCCUGGAGUAAACCAACAAUCAGUGAAUCCACAGAAUGCACACUGAGUCCUGAUGUUGAUCCGGUGCUUGCCUUCCAGCGAGAAGGGUUUGGACGCCAGAGCAUGUCAGAAAAACGCACAAAGCAAUUUUCAGAUGCCAGCCAGUUGGACUUUGUUAAGACACGAAAAUCCAAAAGCAUGGACUUAGUAGCUGACGAGACUAAGCUCAGUACAAUGGAUGACCAGAAAACAGGUUCCCCAACCAGAGAUGUGGGGCCUUCAUUAGGCCUGAAGAAAUCCAGCUCAUUAGAAAGUCUGCAGACGGCGGUCGCUGAGGUGACUCUGAAUGGUGACAUUCCUUUCCACCGUCCACGGCCACGGAUAAUCCGAGGACGAGGGUGCAAUGAAAGCUUCAGAGCUGCUAUUGACAAGUCAUAUGAUAAACCAGUUGCAGAUGAGGAUGAUGAAGGCAUGGAGACCUUGGAAGAAGACACUGAAGAAAGCUCACGAUCUGGUAGAGAAUCGGUGUCCACAUCUAGUGACCAGCCAUCCCAUUCGCUGGAAAGACAGAUGAAUGGAAGUCAAGAUAAAGGGGACCGGAAAAAAAUUGGGAAGGACAAGAAGAAAGAUCGAGAUAAAGAGAAAGAUAAAAUGAAAGCCAAGAAAGGAAUGCUGAAAGGCCUGGGAGACAUGUUCAGGUUUGGCAAACAUCGAAAAGAUGACAAGAUUGAGAAAAUAAAAGUGCAGGAAGCCGUAACAUCAGAAGAGGAGCGAAUACGAAUGAAGCAAGAACAGGAGAGAAUUCAAGCCAAGACACGAGAAUUUCGUGAGAGACAAGCUCGGGAAAGAGACUAUGCUGAGAUCCAAGAUUUAAACAGGACAUUUGGAUGUGAUGGUGACUCGAUGUAUGCUGGAAUUGCUUCAUAUAAUUCCUCUACAAAUAGUGGCACAGUGAACAAUAGACCACAGAGCCCAAGGGAAGGACCAACGGUGGAAGCAUUAUAUGCACAAGUAAAGAAAGCACGCAAUUCAAAGUCUUCACCUGCAGACAGCAACCGAUCAACUCCCAGCAAUCAUGAUCGGAUACAGCGUCUAAGGCAGGAGUUUCAGCAGGCAAAGCAAGAUGAGGAUGUAGAAGACCGGCGACGUACCUACAGUUUCGAACAACCGUGGCCAAAUUCGAAGACAUACUCGCAAAGUGGCAGGCAUUCUGUAUCAGUAGAAGUGCAGAUGCAGAAACAGCGACAAGAAGAAAGAGAGAGUUUCCAGCAAGCUCAGCGGCAGUACAGUUCAUUACCCAGGCAAAGCCGGAAAAAUGCAAGCUCCGUAUCUCAAGAUUCUUGGGAGCAGAAUUAUCCUCCUGGUGAAGGUUUCCAGAGUGCAAAAGAAAACCCAAGGUAUUCCAGUUAUCAGGGCUCAAGGAAUGGCUACAUGGGAGGCCCUGGCUUCAACGCUCGGGUCAUGCUUGAAACUCAAGAGUUGUUGCGUCAAGAACAGAGGCGGAAAGAGCAACAGCUGAAAAAGAAGACAUCAUCAGAAGGGUCCAGCAAUUAUGACUCCUAUAAAAAAGCUCAAGACCCUAACUAUGGUCUUCCCAAAGGUCCUUUCAGGCAAGAUGUCCCACCUUCGCCAUCUCAGGUUGCCAGGCUAAACAGAUUACAAACGCCCGAAAAGGGGAGGCCAUUUUAUUCUUGAGUCAAAGCAAAAGGUCAACAUCCCAUGCAAUAAAGGAACAUUUUCAUAUGAAGAAACAUGUAUUUUGAAAAACUUUUUAAACAUGGAGGUACUAAGGAAUCCUUGUCUGCUUCAGUGCCUUUAGCAAUAUGGGCAAAGAAUUGGAAGGCCUUAUGUCUUUGCCAUUGUGUCUCAAGUGUUAUAUUCAUGGAAGUCUUUUCCAUCAUUUGACAAUCAUACUCUAGGCGAGUGAUGUGUCUUAGAUAUCAAGGGUUCUAGCCUGGUCCUGUGCUGUCAAUGGCUGCUUCACUGCAUUUUGCUAUCAGGUGUUCAACUCUACAGUGAGUUGUAGUUCCAACAUGCAACAUUCAUUGGUGCACUGGCACAUCUUUUAUUAUUUCCUUCCUUCGGAUUGAGGGAAAGGGGUACAUAUAAGCAGUAAGGCAGAUAUGAUCUCUGGUCCUUGAUGUUUUGCAGGUGAUAAAUAUUUAAAUGUCUAUAUGCUGAAUUAUUGUUUUCUUUCUACUGCACAUGUUUGCGCCUAUCAAAAUGCUUUAUUCUCAUUCCUAAGCAAAGGAAAAAAAAUUCAUUUAUCUGGGGACCUCAUUGCAUUCGUCUUAUACCUUAACCAUAUAUACGUAUAUUAUCUGUGAGAACAUUGUAUUUAUAAGUUAACAUCAGCUAAUGACAGAGAGGGAGGCAGAAACUGGCUCUUUCAUGACACAUACAGAAUGGUGAGAGAGAAAAAGACCUCUCUGGAUUAGUUCAGCAAGUUUUGUAUUUUAUAACCUAACAAUGUUUUUUUUUUAUUACAUUACAUAAAAAUUGAAACUCAAAAAUGAAUUAUUGAGGAAUCAUUGCUCAGUUAUUUCAUAUAUCUUGAUAAUUUAAUUUCUCUUUAUUUUGUUGGAGGGAAAAAAUGCAGGACAAAAUAAUAUGAAAUUCUAUUUUUGAAUUAAAAUAGUUUUUUUAAACCUAUCUUUUUUGGUGAUUUGUAAAGCCUUGUGGACAAUUUGCUCUGUGCUUCCAUAUUGCUGUAUUUUUGCAUCUCGGCAUCACAAUAAGCCACAAACGUGUAUAAAUAAAAGAUAAAUGGCGGAAAAUUGGUGCGCAUCAUCGUCAAAACAUGUUGGUGUCCAAAAAUUACUGCAACAAAGAGAUUGCUCUGCCAGUGAUAUUCUGAAUAUGCAUAUGGGAUAUAUGAAAUUUUCCUUUGCAACAGCUGGUUUUGUGUUUGAGGGUCUGAACCUGGAAGUAUUGUGAAAAUAAAUGUAUCGCUGGAUUGCUAAAGUGCCUGCAAAUCUUGAUGUGAAAAGUCUUGAGAUUUAAAAGCUCAGCAUAUCAUGUAUAAAUGAACAAAAGGAACGAAACACCAUGUGCUGUGUGUGACUGAUCAUUUGCCUUUUUAAAAAGAAUGAAAACCUUGGCCCAUUUUAUGUGUGCCUCGUUCUGUUUCUAGAAUAUAUGUGAAAGCACAUGCUAUCUGUGUCUUUUAUGCCUUUUUUUUUUUUGUUAAUAUACUCAAGUGUUAAAAAGAUUUGUUACUAAUGUAAGCACAAUGACAUUGGAUGACUAUGGCUCUUUUACGCAGAGACUUACAACACUGUGUAAAAUGGCUUUCUCUGUAAAUAACAAAAAAAUUAGAAUAAAAAGACAAUUUUUGUU